AUGUCAAUCGCGGUUCCAGGCCAGAUACGUGGUCUGGUCAAGUUGCACGAGCUGACAGGCAACAACUUGGCCUGGAAGCAAUUGUUCACAGAGGCCAUCGAGUUGGCAAAGGAGGGCUUCCUGGUCAGCCAACGGAUGAUCGACGACUUGGAGCUGUACAGAAAUGACAUCGAAAGGGACCGACGGCUCAGGGUGCUUUUCAAGCUCGAUCAGCUGAAGGUGGGCGCGGCGUUCAAGCAGAUCGAGAUGGCGAAGACCCUUACGAAGCUUGCGUCAGCCGCCCGAAAGGACUACUUCUACCAGAAGGAGUUCGCCACGGAAUGGCACAAGGAGCUCGCCGCCAUUGGAUCCCUGAUCAAGCUGCCGGACAUAUUGAACUACGAGGCCAGGAGGCUACCCACGCUUAACAUCACGCUAGACGACGACCUCAUGCUGGUCACGGCUCCUCCGCCCACCACCGGAGCCAUCACGGCAGCAAUCUGCGGGAUCGUGAAGCAGAAGUACUCCAACCACCCGACCAUCGACGACGCGUCCUUCUACCAUGUGCUCGCCGAGGCGUUCAAGUUCGGCUUCGGCCGGCGCUCUCUGUUCGGGGACUACAACUUCACUGACCCCGAGAAACUCGCUACGAUGACGGACCCGGACUACUUGAAAGAGCUGGCCGAUAGAAUUGUCGAAGACGGUUCCCUGCCUUCGUACUCCGAAUACUACCUCGAACAUGACAGAGCGCCGCCGGAAAAGCACUACGCGAUCAAAAGUGCUAGCGGAGGUGCCGUGCCCAUUAUCAUCUGGGCGCCCAACGGAGACGUCGUCGCGCUGGUAACCUCCUUGAACUCCGUACUCGGGUCACAGAUCAUAUCCGAGAAGCUGGGCAUCAUCUACAACAACCUGAUGAACGACUUCGACCUGGCACAGCAUACCAACGUGUGGGGCUUUCCAGGAUCGCUUUCGUCGAACAUCCUGGCACCCAGCCACAGACCCGUCAGUUCGCUGGCGCCCGCGUUUGUCUUCCACAAGGGGGAGCUGGUGGCCGUCGCGGCCGGUGUCGGCGGCGGCUUCGCCAUCACUGGCGUAGCACAGGUCUGA